CUUCACUAAUCUUCUCCAACUACACAUAAUUUCAACUACUCUAUCAAAUUAUUUAAAAUCUUGUCUAUUUCAAUGCUUUACCGACAAUUCGCGCUUUUUUCCAUUUCCUCACCUAUUCAACCGAAUUUCAUGUCCCUCAUAAUUAAAGCCGACACUUUACCCCGAAAUCCACUCUACCUUCCUUUAACUUUCUCAUAACCAAUUACACAAUUUUGGAACUUUUAUCUACUUUAAAAUUCCCGAACUGAUCCACCACAAUUCACUUUAUGUGUCUAACGCACUGGAGAAUUUUCCACUUUCACACUUUUUCCACUCACUCUCCACAACCUUCCAUUCUCACACCUGAAAAUUAUUUCCCAUCAUUUAUUUUUUUAUUCUCCUUAGCUAAUUUUAUUAUUCAGUCACUCGAGAGUUUACUGUUGUCUUGUCUCAAAAUGUGUUACGCAGUCCUCAGACUUAUUCCUGACACAUUCCAACUAAAUUUUACUACUCCUCAGUAAUCUCAAUUUUACACCAAUUAAUACAUGUUAUUCCUAUUUUUACACGUGAUUCCACAAUAUUUUGGAGUCUUCCGUUUGUCGUGAUUAGUUCAUUUUAAAUUAUUAUUUUUCGUACAUUUUGAAGAUUUUUUAUUCUGGCUAAUUUUAGCUUAAUUUUGUGAAUUCGUUAGUUUUUCAGAAUUUUUAACUUUUUACCAUUUUUCACUUCCACCAAAUUUCAACUUUGUUGUAUGAUUUUAUUAUCUUCAAGAUUUCAAUUUUUCAUUAAAAAUUUUAUUCUCCGCAAUUUUUCAAAUUUUUUCACAAAUAUUUCAAAUUUUUUCACAAAUAUUUCAAAUUUUUUCACAAAUAUUUCAAAUUAAUUUGAUUAAUUUACAAAAAAAUAAUAUUUUAAUUUUUUCCUCAAAUUCCUCCAAAUUUCACUAAAAUUCCUCUAAUUUAGAUUUGUGAACCAUGCAAUUACUGCGUAGUAGUGGAAGAACUAAGCGUACUUACGUGGACGACUCGGUGGUUUCACCGAUCCCUGAGCACAUCAAGGGUAUAAAAAGAACUAAAACUAAAUCUGACGAAGCUUAUUCGUAUGUGAGAGACCCUUACGGUGAAGUGAUUGCCAAUAUUAAUGGCAAAAAGUUCUAUAGAUCUGCCCUCAUCCACGAUGAAAUCAUUUCCAUUUACGACUCCGUUGAUGUUCUGAGGACAAACAAUAAGUCGAAAAAUGUCAGAGAAUCUAAUCUGGCAAAGAUAUCGGCGAUUUAUGUGGACACGAAUGGUAAAUUAAUGGCUGAGGUGGCGUUUUAUUUCGACUCUGGAGAGGAAAUUCCAACCUCUGACAACGCCACAGAACCCCUAACCCACCCGCUAGACAAUAAAUGGAAAGGAUUCACACACGUUAACGAAGUUGUUGCAUACAAUAAAUUUGAGGAUGUGGAGAUAGAGACGUUUGAUGAGAAGGUGAAUGUGCAUGGAAGUAAGGAGGAGUAUUUGAAUGAGAUAAACUCUGGCGGCGAUGAGGAAAUUAACGUCUUCUGCAACUACAUCUGCUAUCAUGAAAAUUACUCCGUACUACCCUUCAAUAUACAUACCGAUUGGGAAAACGUGAUGGUAGAGAGUAGUAAAUAUCAUAGUAUAUAUUAUCCGAAGAUGAUAUAUAAGGAGACACCGUGUGUUGUGGAACCUCUCAGCCCCGAACUUAAACUACAAUUAAACAGCACUGAACGCAUCCUAGGCCGCGAAGAUGAAGCCGAUAAAAUACGCACUUUCAUGGAAACCAAUAUCAAACAAGGGGGAACGGGUCAGGUAUUGUACAUCAGUGGUGUGCCUGGAACGGGUAAGACUGAGACGGUGAAGAUGGUGUCUAAGGAGUUAAUUGGUAAGAAAUUAAAGGGUCAAAUACCUUGGUUCGACUUGGUGGAAAUCAACGCCGUGCAUCUCUCAAGACCUAAUGAACUCUACAGAGUGUUUUAUAAUAAAUUAUUCGCUAAACCCGCUCCUGCCUCACAUAUUUGUUAUGAAGAACUUGAUAAAUAUUUUACUAACAAUAUGACGCCAUGUGUAUUGAUAGUGGAUGAGGCUGACUACAUAGUAACAAAGACGCAGAAGGUAUUGUUUAAUUUGUUUGACUUGCCGUGUAAAAAGAGCUCCAAGUUCAUCCUCAUUAUCAUCUCCAACACCAUGGACCUCAACUAUAAAAUGAAAUCCUCCAUACAAUCCAGACUAGGAUUUGGGAGUUUGGUGUUUAAGCCGUAUAGAUAUCAGCAAAUAGUACAAGUCAUUGAAAGUAAACUCGGAAAAUACUCCAUCAUCGAUCCAGUGGCACUGCAGUUGUGUGCUAGGAGGGUUACGAAUUACAGUGGUGACAUGAGGAAGGCUUUACAAAUUUGUAAACUUGCCAUUAAAGAAUCAAACGGAAAGAAAAUUACUGUGAGUGAGAUGAGUAGGAUAAGUAAUAUGGUAUUGAAUUCGUCGAUAUCAGAUGCGUUGCAAUAUGUUUCGGUGGGAAUGAAAUGUCUCCUGGUCUCAAUAAUCUUAGUGUUAAAGGAGGUCCAGUUAUCGAUAGCGCCUGCAGUUCAGGUUUAUAACACGUUCCGUGGCAUGAUCACAGUACUGAAGCCGGAACUUGAGAAUUGUCUCUGUAAAGACUCGUUUAAGCAUUUGUUACUGUCAAGCUUAAAUAACGGCGUGAUUUCACUAGAGCCCACAGUCUUCUCCAGCUUCUCACUCACAGAUAAAAAGAAAAUACACAAAGUCUUUGAAGAUAUUAAUGAAGACUUAGGAGAUGUAGGGAUAACGUUUCAAAUUGAUAUUGGACAUUUGGUUACAGCAUUGGCAAAGGAUCCUUACUGGCAAUCCAAACUGGAAUCUAUCACAUAAUCCAACUAAUA